AUGGGCGAGCGCAAGGUGCUGAACAAAUACUUCCCGCCGGACUUCGAUCCGUCGCUGAUCCCACGUCGCAAGAAGCCUAAGAAUGAGCAGGUGGAGGUGCGCAUGAUGCUACCCUUCUCUAUCCAGUGCGCCACUUGUGGCGAGUACAUGUACCGCGGCAAGAAGUUUAACUCGCGCAAAGAAGAAGUACUGGAGGAGAAUUACCACGGUAUCCGCAUCUAUCGCUUCUACAUCAAGUGCAUCACGUGCUCGUCUGAAAUCACCUUCAAGACGGACCCCAAACGUGGCGAUUACGUCGCCGAACACGGUUGUCAGCGCAAUUUUGAGCCCUGGCGCGAGAACGAGGACGAGGAGGCGGCAGCCGUCGCCCAGCGCGUCGAGGAGGAGAAAGGAGACGCCAUGAAGGCACUAGAGAACCGCACACUUGACUCUAAACGCGAGAUGGACAUUCUGGACGCGCUGGAUGAGAUCAAAGCCAUCAACCAGCGCCACGCCAAGGUGGACACUGACAAACUAUUGCAACAACACGCAGACGUGGGUAAGCUCAGCAAAGAGGAGCAGGCGAAACAGCUAGAGGAGGACAGACAGGAGGCACAUCGAGUGUUCGAGGAGAGACAGCAGAAGCAGAAUAUGCUCAAAAGACCAGUAAUAGAGACGCCACUUAAACUGGCUGUGACCAUCAAGAAGAAAGCAACGGUAGUGGCUAAAAAGAAGAGAGCCAAGCCCAAGACUCCUGUCAAGCCUGUAGCAAGCUUAGUGGCAGAUUAUAGUGACAGUGACUAA